CUUCUUGUAACAUUAAGGUGGGCGGGAGACAUUUGUUUGAUUUGUUUUUACCUGUUGGAAUGAAUAAUAAUGUGACAAAAAAAAAUCAUCCAAUGAAAAUUGAGGAGAUUUUCGCCAGUUGGAGGCCAUCUUAAAUUGUCUAUUCCCGUGAUAUUCUGUAUAUUAUUGUGAAUUUUCUCGUUCUAAAGAAUGGCGCAAGAAAUUAUCGACCUGGAAGACAUCGUCCGGAAGUGGGUGAACGACUUCCCAUUGGACAAAAAUCAGAGGAGGGAGGCGGACGACAUUCUCUCUGCCGACAUAAAUUGGAACCAUAUGCGCGUGCGUCAUGGAACUACGGAAUAUUACGAUCAGAUUCGAGUCAACACUCCGAAAACGCAUGUCCUCUUUACUGCGCAUUUCAGUAACGAAACGGACCAGAACCAAGUAUAUACUCUGAAAACGGAGCGCCGAACAAAAUCCACAUGUUCAAUUUCAAUACAGAAGACAUUCACGUAUGGCUACAGUUUGGACUUAAAACUGACUCCACCAAAUCCAAUCAUAGAGGCGAACGCAGGGUUCAAAGGUGAACUCAGUCUGACGAAAUCAGCCAAUGAGACGUUCGAAGAGGAAUUGGUUUGGUCGAUUGACAACCAGAUUACGGUCCCGCCAAAAUUUGAAACCAAAGCCGAUCUGGAGAUCAAGGAAGAUGAAUACGCUAGCCAUUUCAAAACUGAAAGUAAAUUCGAAGGUAAAGUUCAUGUGACUUUGAGAAGCAAAAAGGACAAUACGCCGUUGGCGACAUUAACAGGUGAUGUCAAGCAAAUUUUUACCCCGGAUAAAGGAUUCCGGGUCGAUAAGACCGGGAUACACUUUGUGACUAUUGGAAAGUGUAAAUGUAGGUUUGGAAUUGAGCAGCACGUCCGUCUGAGCCAGACUGAACUAACGCGAGCAGAGGAAUUAGAAUCCUAAGAUUUCAUUUUCCAAUAUCAUUUGUUUUCUUUAUGUUUCCACCAUUCCCAUUGUAUGGUUUGACUUGACAGGUGCUGUAUGUGGUGCAAGUAUUGAAUUUAUUUUUGAAAUAAUGGAUUCAUAUUUACAGAUAUAGAAAACAGGGGUAGUGAAUAUUAACUUUGAUAAAAAAUACUUCUUUUAAACAUUUCAAUGUUCAUGGUCGAAAGGAAAAUAUUGAUACUAGGAACCUUCCUUCCCCGAAAAGAUACAUGUAUUAUUUUUGCAGUGAAGGUUUUUAUUAAAAAUUCCGUAAAAUGAAGAGUACAUUGUAUUUGUCGUUGACAGAAA